UUGGCUUAAUCUGGAUAAUUAAUAAUGGAAACUCUCCUGGAAAAGAAACCCAUUGGCAUAACUCAUAAGCUGUCUCUCAUGAGCUUGAUUGUUCCAUACUUUGGCUAUGUCAACGAAUGAGCAGAACUUAUGCUGCAGCUCGAUUCCAAGACCAGAGCAGUCUGGCUUGGCAAUCUCAAGGCCAUACUCGAAGUCAUCAUGGAUUACAGACAGUGAACUCUUGUCAAAGAGAUCCACAAAACUUUCACUCAAACUAUUUCAAAGAAGCUUCAGCAAGGCAAGAAUUACUUGUACUUCGCUCUCAAGGUCAAACUUGGCUCUGAAGAGUCAUUCAAAGCCAUGAUCAAGUUAAUGGACCAAAUGGAAGAAGUCAUGCUGAAAUAUCAAUUCGAAGAAGUCUUAAUCACAAUGGAAGAAUGAGCCCAACAAAUUGGUCACUGCUUUCUUCAAAAAUAUGUUGAGAAAGGAUUUGAUAAGAAGGCAAUAGUAUUAAAUUCUAAGAAAUCAGUAAAUAAAGGGUUUAACUCUCAAGGGUUCUACCUGAAAUAUCACUACUACGAUCCUUGAGAGAAGAAGAUUGGAUCUUACACAAAUGAUAUAUAUCGGUCAAACCGCUUGCCCAAUAAACAAGCAAUUGAAAAACUAUAUGUUUAUGAUCCUAAAAGUCCAAUGUCACAUUUCCUAACCAAUUUCAAAAGUAUAUCUAUUACUCCUGAAGCUCUGACCUCUCCUUCAUCUGAAGUGUCCGAAUAUCAAUUCAAAAAUGAAUCUUGAAAAACGCUUGAACUUAGUAAAAAGCAUGAAUAUGACGAAAUAGAAAUGGAGUCUGAAAAAGUUGAGAUUGUUUUCCAAGCUCUUGAAGAGUUUUCAAAGAAAAUUCUAAUUUUAGAGAGUUUCUCCACUCAAUACUCUCACUUUUUCGAAUUCAUUGCCUCACAAAAUUUCUUCCAAGAAAAUGAAGAUUAUCAGAAUUUAUCAAAAAUCAAAAAUUUCACUUUUGAAUCAGAGGUCGAUCAUGAUAGGAUUUCUCUCGAUUAUAAAUGCCAGAAAGGAGAAAUAGCUUAUCAGAAUUCAGUGGGGUCAAGUAUUAAGAUCUUCACAGUCUCAGAUUUAGAAUUGAAGCUCAUGACUGAUGAAUUCUGAUAUGACCCCGAGCAUCAAGUUAUAAUAUUAAUGAAAGCUCCAAGUGUCCUGAGUUUCAAAAAUAUCAAGAUCUGCAAAGAUUAUAUGCAUAUUGCAAAACUUUCGCAUGGUGUUGAGGGUAGAUGGUGUCUAAAAUUAUCAACGAAUGAUAAAAUUCUGAUGCCUCAAGAAGAUGUUCCUAUGCAAGAAGAUUUUCAUAGUUGGAGACGUAUGAUCAAAUUUUCAAUGGUAACAUACAAAACAAUACUCUCCUGAAGCAGACCUCAUUACAUUCUCAAUGCCUUUGUUGAGCCUGAUGAAUCAGAUAUUUUAGGAGCUGAUAAAGUUUGCAAACUCCAUCUGGCUCCAAUCAUAAAAUCUCUGUCGGAUAUUCCUCAAAAUGGGGUGGUAUCCAUUUACAUUCAUACGUAUUUCCUCAGUAUGAAUUACUAUGGGUGGACUCAGUAUAGAAUAACCAAUCCGGAUAUAUACCAAAGAAAUCAUAGAGGGAAGAUAGCCAAGGAAAUUACUAGGAUUGAUGCUAGUGAAGAGCUUUGAGAGCUGUUUGAGGGGCUUAAGGAGGUGAAUUUGUAUGAGUUUAGGUGUGAGAGUAUUAUUGAUGAUGAUAAAGUUGUACAGAAGUUGUGUGAAUUGUGUGAGUGAAAUCAUACUAUUAGAGAUAUUGAGCUUAAUCUAGUGCAUGCAGUCCAUGCGAAGCGAAUUCUUGAAUCGUUGAAUGAUAAUUAUGUGAUCAAGACUGUUAGGCUGAUGACUGAAGAAGCAAUCAAGAUUCCUCCAAAAUAAUGUUAAGCCUAUAAAAACCAAAAAGCCGAAGAAGAACCCCAAAAUUGUGAAGAAGCCUGAGUCUGCAGAAUCAAUGCAACUGUACAAUGAAAUAAUUACAUAUUGAGAUGAAUUCAGAAGUAAGAGACUGGGUACAGAAAUAAUGCUAAAUACAACACACAAGAAGUACAAGCCUUGGGAAAAGAAAGGAUUUCAACUAAGUUACAAAUAA